UCGUGCCCCGGGACCUAGAACCGACCAGUCUCCCGGGCUGGGAAUACCUUGCGCGGGAGAGGGUUGCCGGGACGAAGGGUCUUCCCUGUGAAUAACGGCAGCAGGAUUAGGACUCAGGACAGGAAAUGCCUGAAGUCUGGGGAAAUAUUUGGGUACAAGAAAGUUAAGGACAAAUUUGUAGAAUUUCUGUAGCCUUCUUCAUGGAGAGCCAGCGUGUAAUACUCUCACUCUUUGGUUCUAAAAGCAGAUAAAGGGGCGUUGAAUGAACUGGUUUUCCAGUGCAGAAUGUGACGUUUUCCAAUCCCCUUUCCCAUGGUUCACUGAUUUCCAAACCUUGGAGUGCAUAUAAAUCCCUGGGGAGCCUAGGAAUUAAAGAUACAUGAUCAGGGCUCCCUAUCCGGCCCCCCACCCCCCAACCCUGGAUUCCUAUUCCCUAGAUUUCUGCCCCAGGGCCGGUAACGCUGAAAUUCAGCUGCUGGGCUGCACUUCCUGACAUUUUGGAGACAGCCCUCCUGGGAAUCAGGCCUGAUUCCUGCAGACUUCUCCCUAGGGCUUCUGUAGAUUCCUAGGACUGUCCUGUUAAAUAAUUUAACUGCAAGCAACCUCCUUAACUUCCCUUGGCCCCCAUUUCUUAUCUAGUGAAAUAGUUGUUGUAAUCAAACCUCAGAGGGUAAUUGUGAGGAUAAAAUGUGGUCUUGUAUCUGAAAGCAUGUUGUAGGGUGUUGUGCAGUGUUGGCUGUUACUCUGAGAAUCAACAAAGCAGUGUGGAAAACUCGGAGAAUUUGCAGUCUACCUAAGCUUUCCUUUCUGUAAAUUUAGUGAAAAUGAAACUGUCCUUAGUGGUUGUUUUGAAGAUUAAUUUUAAAAACUCAUGUAAAGAUUUCAGUAAAAAUAAGUUCAUUCAUUUAGUCCAAGACAAGAAGCAAAGUUUUCGUUUUUGUUUUUGUUUUUUUUUUUUUCUCUCUAAUUUAACUUUUUUACAAUGAGUCUGAACUUUUUAACCAUUCCGAGUGAUCUGUUUGGUCCCUAAUUCCUCCAUGAACUCUGUAAGGUAUUAUUGCUAUUUCUUUUUCACAAUAAAAAACUAAGAUUGGAAGAAGAUAAGAAAUUGGUGCAAGAUUGCACACUUGGUAAAAGAAUCAGAAUAAAACUGAGGUCUGGGUAAAUUGAAAGCCUGCUUUUUGUACAUUAUGACCUUAUCUAUUCCAUUAUUUCAUUCUUUGGUCAGCAAGUCACUACUUUCAGUGAAGAGGUUUAGGUCUAUAACAAUUGAUUCUAAGUUUCUAUCAUUAACUGUUGCCAUUUUUCUACCUAAACAAUGACUUUUACUGCUUAAAAGGAGGGAACUUCCAAAGGUGUUUCUAACUCACAGCUCCAGCUAGAGGGAGCCUUUUAAGCUAUUCAAGGUCAGGAUGAAUAUAGACUCCAAGGAGAUUUUAUGCCCGGAUAUGCAAGCUGCCAAGGUUUGGGAAGAACUUCUGACAGAAAAAAUGGAGGCAGAAAGUCAUCUCCAAAUGCAGAAAUCUAGACUGAAACGCAGUAAUCCACUGGCAAGAGAGAUCUCCCGAAGGCACUUUCGACAGCUUUGCUACCAGGAGACUCCUGGACCAAGAGAGGCUCUCACUCGACUCCGGGAACAUUGCUACCAGUGGUUGAGGCCACAUGUGAGCACAAAGGAGCAGAUCCUGGACCAGCUAGUGCUGGAGCAGUUCCUGUCCAUCCUGCCCCAGGAGCUGCAGGGCUGGAUGCGGGAGCACUGUCCAGAGAGUGGGGAAGAAGCAGUGAUUUUGCUGGAGGAUCUGGAGAGAGAGCUCGAUGAACCGCAACACGAGAUGGUAGCCUGCAGACAGGAACAAGAAGUCCUUUCUAAAGAGACAGUGUCUCUGGAAGCACAGAUGUCACUGGCCUUUCAGUCCCAGCCUAAGGAGCCCCAACUCACACAUGACCCUGCUCAGGAGCCCCACCCUAUCCGAGAGACAGACACAUUUCUGUUUUGCAAACCUGUUGUCACCUCCCAGCUAAAAGGAAGUGGAGAACAGUGGUCUCAUCCCAGAGGAGUCCUUAGAGGUGGAAUGGCCCAGGCUGAGGACAGAGAGUUGGUGCUAAGGAAACAUUGUCUUAAGAGAGUGGAACCAUGUGGGAAGGUGUCUUAUGGACAGACCUGGGAGGAAUCACAGCAGGGGCCCCGACAUGGGGAAGUCAGUGAACAUAAGGGUGGGGUAGAGAGGCACUGGGGAAACCCUGUAGGAAGCGGACCACACAGAUGUGAGGAAUGUGGAAAGAGCUUUGCUCAGAGCUCGGGUCUGGUUCGACAUCAAAGAGUUCACACUGGAGAAAGACCCUAUGAGUGUAAUGAGUGUGGGAAAACCUUCAGUCGGAGUUCGGGUCUUUUUAAUCACAGAGGAAUCCACAAUAUUCAGAAACGGUACCACUGUAAGGAGUGUGGAAAGGCCUUCAGCCAGAGUGCCGGUCUCAUCCAGCAUCAGAGAAUCCACAAGGGAGAAAAGCCAUAUCGGUGCAGCCAGUGUAACAAGAGCUACAGUCGGCGCUCAUUCCUCAUCGAGCAUCAGAGAAGCCACACGGGGGAGCGCCCUCACCAUUGCAACCAGUGUGGGAAAAGCUUUAACCGCCACUGCAACCUCAUCCGCCAUCAGAAGAUCCACCUGGUGGCUGAGCUGGUCUAAUCCAAGCUGUGUGCAAGUUUUCCGGAUCACUCACCAAGUCACGUGGGGAUCCUGGUGAAUGCUUGCAGUGUUCUACAUACCGUCCUGUAUAACCCUAUAUUUUCUUUGGAACUGCUGAGUUUUCCAUCUGAAAUAAUAAUCCAAUGAAAAGAAGGGACCUGUUAGGAGGGAGAAAAUCUUCCAAAUGAAAUGCAAGAAUAUGAAGUUGGUGUGUAUCUGAAAAGUAUAUGAAGAGGGAAUAAUUUGAGGAGGGCAUGAGAAAGAUGAAAUCUGUGAUGCCAGGGGCCAAAAGAAGAAAUUAUGGCCAGACACAGAACACGUAUGUGGGAUAAGGGAAGAAAAGUUCAGACAGUGGACAUCUGUCAGUAGAAGGAAGGAAGAUUGGCCUAGGAACAUAUCCAGAAUGGUCCAGAAUGCUUAUGGAUAUGUCAAGAUUUGAUCAUGUAGGGGAUAUAUGCAUCAGACUGUCAACAUGGUAACGGGGGUAGAUGGAGGACUACAUGACCCUUUCACUUUGUGUUACCUCUCUUUGAGCUGUGAGUGUGCUUAUUGUAUAGAGGUGGUAUGAAUCCCCCUUCCAGUUACUAGGGAUGAUGCUCUGAAGAAUGAAUGAAAAAUGUUUUAUUCUCAUCAAGGAACUUUUCGGGGAGAGUAGGGCAGCACCCAAGCUGGUCCAGAAUUGACUUGAAUGGUGCAAAGGAUGUCACAGGUUAAGAGAGCUGAGACUGGAACUUCCAAGACAGAAUUUGAAAUUUUGCUCUCUAUCAGGUAUAUUAAAGUGUUAGUUACUCA